CAAUACAAUGGCUUUUACUCCACGCGGACGUGGCGGCGGUGACCGAGGAGGUCGAGGUGGUGGACGUGGUGGUCGCGGUGGUGGCUUCGGCGACCGAGGUGGUCGUGGUGGUGGAUUCGGCGGAGCACGAGGCGGUGGUCGAGGCGGUUUCGGUGAUCGAGGUGGACGUGGAGGAGGUCGCGGCGCACCUCGUGGCAGAGGUGCUCCUCGCGGCGGCCGAGGAGGAGGUGCAGGUGCAAAGGGAGGACAAAAGGUCAUCAUCGAGCCUCACCGACAUGCUGGUGUCUUUGUUGCCCGUGGCAAGGAAGAUUUGCUUGUCACCAAGAACUUGACACCCGGCGAGGCCGUCUACGGAGAGAAGCGCAUUGUCCUUGACACCCCAGGCACAGGCACUGGUGCCAAUGGCGACGCUCCUGCAGUCAUCAAAACCGAGUACCGCGUUUGGAACCCUUUCCGUUCGAAGCUGGCUGCUGGUAUCCUUGGUGGUCUGGAGAACAUUCACAUGAAGCCUGGCAGCAAGGUUCUGUACCUUGGCGCUGCGUCCGGAACAUCAGUAUCGCACGUCGCCGACAUUGUCGGGCCUACUGGCACUGUCUUCGCCGUUGAAUUUUCUCACCGAUCCGGUCGCGAUCUCAUCAACAUGGCCACCCACCGCACCAACGUCAUUCCUAUCAUCGAGGACGCCCGUCACCCGCUAAAGUACCGUAUGCUGGUCAGCAUGGUUGACUGCAUUUUUGCCGACGUUGCUCAGCCCGAUCAAGCACGUAUUGUCGGACUGAAUGCCCACCAGUUCCUCAAGGUUGGCGGCGGUGUCGUAGUGUCAAUCAAGGCCAAUUGUAUCGACAGCACUGCUGCGCCAGAGGCAGUCUUCGCACGUGAAGUUGUCAAGCUCCGAGAAGAGAGGAUCAAGCCCAAAGAACAACUGACGCUUGAGCCGUUCGAGCGUGAUCACGCCAUGGUUGUCGGUAUCUACGAACGGUCAGCAUAAAUCUGUUCUUCGGCCACUGUUUGUGAUAUGAUUCGGGCUUAAGGGACUUGGCGUUCAGGCGAAAUAUGGCGCUCUCAUACUAGUGUGGGAGGACUUGCAGAUAUGUAUCCAAUCAAGGAUGCACGAUUGCCGUGUUCAACGCGAGACCAACCAUGUGUUGAGCCUCACGAUUAUUUGUACAAUGUCGCAGAAUCGAAGAUGUGUAUUUUUCAGUCCAUGUAUUUCUUGUUUGCUACGGACUCGCGCAUAAAAUGGGAGGCUUGAGGACAGGACAGCCAGUCAUGACUCUCCAACGUGCAGAAAAACAAUCCCGAUAUAUGCCUUGUGUCUAUUGUACGCUCCAGCAUCAUCACCAUGGUCAAGCUACUAAGCACGC